GGGAGAAACAAAUAAAAUCUAGUAAUUCUCAUUUUUGACACCACAAGAAUGUCAUUUAAACAUUUUUCAUAAAAUUUUGUUUCACAAAUUUUUGUUCAUUUACAUUUUCAAUAACCUCUUCAAAUUUUACACAAAAAUUCAAAACCAAAAAGUUCAACCACUUGGAUAUUCUUGACUUGCGCAGUUGUUGACAUUCUGACAUUUCACAACUGUGUGUCGUGUGAACGUACAGAGUACGGCUUUUGUGAUUCAUUAAAGACGCUUUUCUUGAAAUUUGCACUGGAAGUUUUGGAAUUCAAAAACUUCUACUACACGUCCUGAAUUGUUAUAAUAUGAGUAAUGCACCCAACCAAAAUGGAUCAGGUCUAGAGCAGCAGUUUGCUGGUCUGGACUUGCAGAGUCGCAGCUCAAGCAGCAGCGGCCGCUACGUGCCCCCACAUCUACGCAAUAAGCAGAGUCAACAACCGCAGCAGCAACAGCCUUCUGAAGGCAGCGGCGGCGGUAACUUCGAAAAAGAUCGAUACGACAGAGAGCGCUCCGAUAAUAACAGAGACAGAGACCGCGGUGGUCCGGAUUCCAGAGAUAGAGGCGGUAGCAGAGGCGGCAGCUCCAAAAACUUUGGAAGAGAUCGCGAUAACAGGGCCGGGGAUUUCUCCAGUUUCAAUACAAGAAACAGGAGAGAUAACCAAAAUGGAGAUGACAGGAAUGACAGAAAUGAUUGGAGCAGUGGACGCAAUAACGACCGGGACAGGGACCGUAACAAUGAUCUACAGCCGCGCAACGAUCGCUGGCAGGAACCGGAGCGGUCGUCGAGGGGUAGCGACGGCGGCGGUGGAGGCGGUGGCGGUAGCCGAUGGAACGACAAUGCAGGUAGCGGCGGAGGUGGGGGUCGCAGGAACGACAGCCGCCGCGGAGUUUCUAACGAAAACGACUGGACAGUCCCGACGGCGAGGGACGAACGCACCGAGGCCGAUUUGUUCGGCACCGGCAAUACGGGCAUCAACUUCAGCAAGUACGAAGAUAUACCGGUGGAGGCGACCGGCGACAAAGUGCCGACUCACAUUGCAUCUUUUGAGGAAGUACAGCUGACAGAACUAAUUCGCACCAACAUUUCGAUGGCUCGAUACGAUUCCCCCACGCCCGUACAGAAGUACGCUAUACCGAUCAUAAUCGGCAAGCGGGACUUGAUGGCGUGCGCCCAAACGGGUUCCGGCAAAACGGCCGCCUUUCUGGUGCCCAUUCUCAAUCAGAUGUUCGAAAACGGCCCGCCCAAUAUCCAGCACGGCAGAAGUAGGCGCAAGCAAUUCCCACUGGGGCUCGUUUUAGCCCCGACCAGAGAAUUGGCGACGCAAAUCUACGACGAGAGCAAGAAGUUCGCGUACAGGUCGAGAGUUAGGCCUUGCGUUGUAUAUGGUGGAGCAUACGUGGGCGACCAGAUGCGCGAAUUGGAACGCGGUUGUCACUUGUUGGUCGCCACGCCCGGUCGACUUCUCGACAUGAUCGACAGAGGUCGCAUCGGUCUCGAUUAUUGUCGCUAUCUAGUGCUGGACGAGGCCGAUAGAAUGUUAGACAUGGGUUUCGAAGUGCAGAUUAGACGUAUUGUCGAAAAGGAGACGAUGCCCAAGACGGGAGACAGACAAACGUUGAUGUUUUCCGCGACUUUCCCCUCGCCCAUACAGAUGUUGGCCAGGGACUUUUUGGAUAAUUACAUUUUCUUGGCGGUCGGUCGAGUCGGUAGUACUUCAGAGAAUAUUACGCAAAAGGUGGUUUGGGUCGAAGAACACGACAAACGCUCCUUCCUCCUGGACUUACUCAACGUUGCCGAUUUACAACAACCCUCCGCCGAAAGCUUGACCCUCGUGUUCGUCGAAACGAAAAAGGGUGCCGACUCUUUGGAGGAGUUCUUGCACAACGAGGGCUACCCGGUCACGUCUAUACACGGAGAUCGUACCCAACGCGAACGAGAAGACGCCCUCAGACAGUUCAGAUCGGGUAACACGCCCAUUUUGGUAGCGACCGCGGUCGCGGCCCGAGGGUUGGAUAUUCCGCACGUCAAACACGUUAUCAACUUUGAUUUGCCGUCUGAUAUCGAAGAAUAUGUGCACAGAAUCGGUCGUACCGGCCGUAUGGGUAACCUCGGUCUAGCGACGUCCUUUUUCAACGACCGCAACCGCAACUUGGCCACCGGCCUUAUGGAUUUGUUGGUCGAAGCCAAACAGGAGUACCCAAGUUGGUUGGAGGGCGUUUCGCAGGACGGGCGAGUGCCGAGCGGCGCCAACAGACGAGGCGGUAAAGGCAGAUACGGUAGCGGCGGCGGCAGCAGCUUCGGCAGUCGCGAUUAUCGUCAACAAUCGGGCGGUGGUGGCGGCGGCGGUAGCGGAGGCGGCAGUCGCGGACCGCCACAAAGAUCCAGCGGCGGCGGAUACGGAAAUAAUGGAUACGGAAACGGAAGUAGCCAUUAUGGAGGAAUGGACAGAGGAAGCAACUUUGGCGGAAACUACAACAAUUCUAAUAGUCGCGACGACUGGUGGGAAAAUUAGAUUUUAAAUUAAAACAAAAAAAACAGUCGACAAACCUUUAGAUGAAUACUUAACCAAACACGUACCUACUACUACCUAAAAUACUACUACUACCAACAAAUUCGUACACUUAGUAAUCCAAGUCUCUUUAUAUGUCAGUGUUUGUCUCCUUCAUAUCUCCUCCCCUGCCUUCCCUCCCCACCCAAACCCGAUCCUCUCCGAGAUACAUAUUUAUUGAUCUUUAUUUUUCUUAUAAGGCAUUAUUUAUUUGGUGAUGAUAUCAAAUGAUGAAAAACAAAAUAAUAAACUACUACUGAGCUACUGGCGACCCUAUGCAAUUGAUAUAUAUGCACACGCACAUAUGUGAGUGAGUGACGGCGAUUUUAAACUCUUAAAAAAAUAAUUUUAAUGUCCUUUGUUCAAUGAUUAGAAAAAAAAACUUUCGUUACUCUUGCUAGUAAUCGAUUUUUGGGAAAUUUUAUCAUUUUUCCCAAUUUUAAUCUUUUAAUAACGAAAAUUACGUAUCUUAAAAUAUGAUUUUUACACGCAACAAUAAUAAUUUUCACUUUUUAUCUUAUUAAACCAAAAAGUAUGUGCUAAAAUUGUGUUUCUAGUAAGAUAUCAAUCAAAAGUGUGAAACUGUUAGGUCACAAAGUGUUUUAAAGAAAUUUAAACGUGUGUACAUAAUGGUAAACAAACAAAAAAUUAAUUGAAUUAUAAAAUGUAAACCACUCUUUCAUAUUUGUCGAAUUUUCAAAGCGGAUCCGGUACUAUCAACAAACUUUUUUAGUUCAAAAAAAUGAAACUAAACCAACAUUUUGAUGGCUCCUAAUCCGCUCAAGGGCUAUUUUAAACCACACAACUCGACGUACUUAUUAAAAAAGAACAAUUUAAUCUAUAUAGACAGUAGUCGUUUAUCCUCUACUGUUAGUUGACGUUUGAGACAGUUUUGAUAUUUGUUCGAGCGAAACGUCAAUUGUCAAAACGUGCGUGACGUUUGACAUACGACAGUUGACGUUUGUAAUCAAGUUGUGUGGCGUAAAAGGGUCGUGCGUUGUCGAAUAUGCGCGAUAUAGAGGGCUCAAAUAGCGUUGCAGUUACAGCUAUUUAGGGCGCUAAGAAUUUGCAAAAACAUUUUGACUGUGAUAUUUAACGAUCUAAGUGAAAUAAUAAAAAUAGAAAAACAAAUAUCGUUGAUUCGAUUGUAUUGAGUUCUUCGAAGCUGUGACGACGAUGAUGGAUAGUGAUGAUGAGACCGAAAUAUCCAAGCAAAUACAGUCAGAUGACAAUGUGACGCGCGCGCGUUUGUUGGCGCGGCGAUGAAAUCUUAGCGUAUUUAAUUUAUAAAAGUAACAAAAAAAGAUAUUUAAGAUUUUUUUUUGUAUAAAAAAAAAAAUAUAGUUUGUAAGGACGAUAAUCUUAAAAAAAAGCGUUAGAGUGGGCACGUCUUCCUUUUAGAGGAGUUCCUAAAGGAUAAACAAAACCUUCGCGCGUACUUAUUUUUUUUUAAACCUAGGAUUCAAACAAUUUAAACAUUAGUUACCCUUAAGAAAUCCAUUUAUGUUACAAUUUUCUCAAUUUACCGUCAAAUUUGAUAAAAAUCUCAUAUUAACAUUGAUAGAUGAUAUUUGUCGCUUAUUAAGUUUUAUAGACGAAAUCAUCACCUUUUAAGCUUAAUAGGCGAUCAAAUUUAGUAAAGCCUUUCAGCAGGAAAUAAUGCUUAAUUUUUGUGGUGAUAAAUAUCGAUGUUAAAAGUCUGAUAUUAAAUUUAAUAGUUAUAAAUAUCGCCUAUUAAAUUUUUAAUUGUCAAUAAAUGUCCUAUUUAAAUUUGAUUGAUAUAAACAUCGCCUAUUAAAUAUUUUUGGUGGUCAAUGAAUAUAAUCUUUUAAAUUUUGAUGACCAAUCUACAUCAACAAUAAAAUUUGUUAAAAUGUGCAGAUUUACUAUAAUUCUCAAUAAACAAAUCCUAAAUUUGAUAGAAAUCUCCUAUUAACAAUAAUAGAUAAUAAUUAUUGCUUAUUAAGUUUGAUACAUGAUAAUUAUCACCUUUCAAGAUUUAUAGAUGAUAAGUAUAUCCUAUAAAUCUUGGUAUGUCUUUUCAAACGUAAAUAACAUUCAAUUUUUGUGCCAUACUGUCAAUUUUAUUUAAAAAUAUAAAUAUCGCCUAUUAAAAUUUAAUAAAUAUGAACAUCGCCUAUUGAAUUUUUUUAUUGUUGAUAAACAUUGUCUAUUACAUUUUUUAGGGCUGAUAUAUCACCUAUUAAAUUUUGAUAGAUAAAAUAUAUCCUAUUAAAAUGUUCAAUAAAUAUUGUCUAUUAAAAUUUGAAUUGUUGAUACACAUUGAGCAAAUUAAAAUUUUAAUUUUUGAUAUAUAACGCAUAUCUUAAUAUUUAUUGUCAAUGAAAAACGUAUAUUAAAAUUUCUAUUUUCGAUAAAUAUCGCUUAUUAAAAUUUAGAUUUUCGAUAAGCUUAUUUAAAUUUGAUUGUCGAUGAAUAUCGCCAAUUAAAAUGUUGAUAUUCGUAAAAUAUCACCUAUUAAAAUGUGUUUAUUUAUAAAUAUCGCUUAUUAAAAUGUUUUCAAUAAAUAUCGCUUUUUAAAUUUUUUAUUUUUAAUGAUAAUAAAAAUUUUGAAUGUCGAUAAAUAUCUAGUAAAAUUUUGAAUUUCGAAAAAUAUAUCUUAAUUAAAAUAUUGAUAGCCAAUAAAUAUUGCGUAUUCAAAUAAUUUCAACGUUUUUAAAAAAAUUAUUUUUGAUGAAUAUCGCCUUAAAAAACUCGCUUAUUAAAAUGUUCAUUUUUCAACAAAUAUCGUUUAUUAAUUGUUUAUUUUUCAACAAAUAUCCUCUAUUAAUUGUUUAUUUGUCGAUUUGUUACUUGAUGGUCAAUGAAUAUCGCCUAUUAACUUUUCUUUGCUAAAAAGUAUCGCCUAUCAAGUUUGAUGUAUAUUGAUUGGUUUUAGCGUAUUUUUGUGCCGAUUUUGUUUGAACGGGGAUGCGCGAUGCGAGGUUAUUAAUGGCUCCUUCCUUUUGUGUCUCUACAGUACUGGAUCAAACUGCAAAAAAACGACUUGCUACCGAAUACAGGGUGGUUAAUCGUAACCUUUAAUUAUUAUCUCUAGUAGUUUUUUUUUUUCGAAGUUUGAUGCAAUACCGUUUGUUUAAUUUCUAACUAAACCAGACUCUUCCCAGGUGUUUUUUAUAUUGAUUUCGCCGAAUACAUACUUUGUAGUAUUUGGUUACUUUUUUUGUAUUAUUUUUUUAAUAUUUAGUUUUUUUUUAUUUAUAUUAGUUGAAUAAUAGAUUCGCGUGACUGAAUAGAGUAACAGUUGUAGUGGGCUGAUUAAAAACAUUACUACUAAGAGCGACGUUUGUUUACCAACGUGUCGCAUGUUUGUAAGUAACCGUCGCUCUCGAUUGACAGAUGACAUUUUGAUACUGAGUGCCUGCGUUAAUAUAAUGAGUUAUUCGAUUCAUUCAUAAACUACCUGUGAUACGGUUAGAAAAUGUGUGCCUAUUCUAACUGGAUGUGAGAAAUAAUCACAUUCGUAAAAACAAUUUGAAAGUUAUUCGAGACGAGAUGAUGAUGAUGUUGUAACGAGGAGCUGUGACUGCAACUUUUAUUCGGUUCGGAGGAGUACUAAACCGUGACACAAACUGGCAAAUCCUUUUUUGUAUCUAAAUAAAAAAAAAUAGGAUUUUCUAAUAAUUAUAAUUUUUUUUGUUCGUUUCUUCUUCGAUCAGUUUGUGUCAUCGCUCCGGGCCCGGUUUCGUUAAUAGUAUGGGAAUAUUUUGAUUUUACGGGAUGGCAAAAAUGCUCCACAAUCCUUUAUUAAAUAAUAGAGCAUUAUAAUUUUAAUGCAUUUACACAAUUUGUUCUGUUAGGAGUGCUGCUACAGCAUUUAUCAAUUAAUAAAAUAUUUAAAGUUCCGUU